UAUGUUGUUUACUGUGUAACAUGAGGGCUUCAAUUUUUCUAUAGCACAAAAGCAAAUAUGUUGAAGGCCAAUAAUAAGAACAUGAUGCAUGCACAACAUGAUGCAUGCACAGUUGAAGAGCCUUCCAACUCAUUGCAAUGACCAUGAAAUUUGAAAUUCAAAGUCAAAGCACACAACUUCAAUCUAAAACAACGAGGAGAUGACAACAACACAUGUAACAUGUCAUGGUAAUCCCUCGAACGAUUUUGCUUUUCGUCUCAUUUGAAAGUCUUAUUGAACACACUUAAAUGUAAAAGAAAUGACAUGUUUAAGUGCAUUAAUUUUCAAAUAGUGGCUUCAACUUUAAAUAGUUAGUCAUGCUUUUCUUCUCUAUUUUACCUUUCGUUCUGUGAUUCAUUUCUCUCUCUCGUGUUUUUAUCAUAUCAUUACUAUUUGAAACUAGAAAGCGACAAACAAGAAGCGAAAUACAAUAGUUCAAAUGAAAUAUUUUCAAUUGAAGCCCUUGUUGCUGGUAUGGUGCAGGUAGGAGGAUCUUGUCUUGGCGCUGGCGAUGGAGUGCAGAUGGCUGGUAAUAUGUAUAUGACUAAUUAUCAAAUCGAGACAGAUUGUCUAUCCCUGAUUUAGAAGCUGAAAGGUAGGGAAGCCAUUUAUUACAAAAUUGGGUACCAUAUGCAAGAACAUCUGUAAGGCAAUUGGCACAAGAUUAGAGGAAGUGAUUCUCUUUGUUUGUAGAUCGACAAAUGAUGCAACUCAUCUUAUGACGAAAUGCGAAACACAAUAGGACAUUCUAGUGGUAUUGGUAGAUAAGCCACCUUUGAUAUUCCUUGUUCAGCUAUGAUGUUAUGGGACAAUCCAAGUACCACAUCGGUUAUACAAAGGAAGGAACCCUUGUAUAUUAGUGUCCACUAAUCUCAUUAGUACGAGGCCUUUUGGGGAGGACACCCAAAAGUAAAACUGUGCGGGCUUGGCCCAAAGCGGACAAUAUCGUACUAAAUGAGCAGUCACAUACGAUGUAGCCAUGGUUGAUUGUUGAUUAAUGAAGUCUAAAAAAAGGUCGACAUAAAAAUUUAAAAAAGUCCACUCCCCGUCUCCGUAACAGUCCGGUCCAGUCCAGUCCAGUCCACAGUCGACACCCAAAGGCGCAAAAAACGCAUCCUUUAUUUUCUUCUAUUCGGGCGGUUUGGUUUGUUGCUUUCGCCAAAUCCCAGUGAAUUCCCGAUUGAUUCUCCCCGUUUCUCCCCUUUUCUACCCACCCCGAUGCCGGAGUUCUAGCGGCCGCCGGUGGAUCCAGAAAUCCAGUUUCCCUUUUUUGCUCCUCCAUUUUCUCCGUCUCUUUGCUAACUUCAGAUAAUUCAUCGAUUACCGCCGCAAAAAGGAAUAAGAAUUCACGAAAAGCUGGGGAGCUUCGGGAAGAGAGGGAUCGAAAAGAAGAGAAUGGCGUUCCACAGGCGGCGCCACAGCUAUUACAACCGCCUCCGUUCUCUUCUCCCCUUGGUCUCCGCCGUCUCUGGAUUCCUCCUCAUCCUCUUCGCCAUCCUCUCGUUCCUCGCCCCUUCCCCGAGCGAUUCCGGCAACAUGUACGACAAUCGCCUGAGCCACGUGGCCGACGACGACGAGGCUGGUGCGGAGUCUGCGGCGGGAGAUAGCCUGCCUGUUUUCCGCGUGCCGGAGCGUGGCGGAGCAUUGGAUCGUGAUAUUUGGAGCUCGAGGAAUUCCAAGUUCUUCUACGGCUGCAGCAACGCCAGCCAUGGUUUUCGGAAUGCUGACUCUGUUACAAAACCAGAUCGAUAUUUGCUGAUCGCUACAAGUGGAGGUCUGAAUCAACAGAGGACCGGGAUUACAGAUGCUGUUGUUGCUGCUCGAAUUCUUAAUGCUACUCUUGUUGUGCCUAAGCUGGACCAGAAAUCUUUUUGGAAAGAUUCAAGUAAUUUUUCGGAGAUCUUUGAUAUUGAUUGGUUUAUCUCUUCACUGAAAAAUGAUGUCAAAAUCAUAAAAGAGCUACCAAGAAAGGGUGGGAAGACUUGGACUCCCCAUAGCAUGCGUGUUGCAAGGAAGUGUAGUGAGAGAUGCUAUGAAACCCGUGUAUUACCUGCUCUUUUGAAAAGGCAUGCAAUUCAGCUAGGCAAGUUUGACUACAGGCUGGCAAAUAGAUUGGAUACACAGCUUCAGAAGUUGCGAUGCCGGGCUAACUACCAUGGUUUAAGGUUCACCAAGGCAAUUAGGAACAUGGGCGAGGUGUUGGUCAACAGAAUGAGGACGAAAAGCAAGCAUUAUAUCACAUUGCACCUUCGGUUUGAACCUGAUAUGUUGGCAUUCUCUGGCUGCUACUACGGUGGAGGUGAUAGGGAAGAUAAAGACCUGAGUGCCAUACGGAAGAGAUGGAAAACCUUGCAUUCAAAGAACCCUGAGAAGGAAAGAAGGCAUGGGAAGUGCCCACUCACUCCACACGAAGUUGGUCUUAUGUUGAGAGCAUUGGGUUAUGGCAGUGACGUCCACAUAUAUGUUGCCUCAGGAGAAGUUUAUCGAGGGGAGGAGACAUUGGCACCUCUAAAAGCGCUCUUUCCCAACUUCUAUACUAAGGAGACUCUUGCGAGCCACGAGGAGUUACAACCAUUCUCUUCAUUUUCCUCAAGAAUGGCUGCACUCGACUUCAUUGUUUGUGAUGAAAGUGAUGUAUUCGUGACAAAUAAUAAUGGCAACAUGGCAAAAAUCUUAGCUGGGCGUAGGAGAUAUUUUGGUCACAAGCCCACAAUUCGACCAAAUGCUAAGAAGCUCUACCGCUUGUUCUUGAACCAGAACAACAUGACGUGGGAGGCAUUUGCUUCUAGAGUUCGCACGUACCAGAAGGGCUUCAUGGGCGAACCGAAAGAGGUUAGACCUGGCAGAGGAGAAUUUCACGAGAAUCCCCAUACCUGCAUAUGUGGUGACACGGAAACCAAGACAAGAAAGGAAUCGCCUCCUAGAAAAUUAGGAAAAGGCUAUAAUAAUGCAACCUUUGAAGGAGGAGAUUUCGAGAACCAAAACUUGGACACUGAUCCAGAUCCGCUCGAUCCAGAUACCGAAGAUGAUCAAGAUGUGGUCGAUGACAUAGGAGUUUUCAACAACACGAGUAUGGAUUACGAUGGAUUUAACUCCGAGGACCACGAGUUUGAGGACCUACUCUCCGACUGAAUCCGAAGACACUCUCUCGUCAUUUCCUGCAUAUAUGAAACCGAUCUUUCUCCUCCUGCCACGAAAGAGAGAGCUCUCAUGGAGAUAUUGGUUGGACCUCCUUGUUUCAGGGAGAAGUCUUGACAGCUGCUCAAUUUAAAGAUAACUGGAGGAUUAUGCCGAACUGGGAUCAUCAUCGACAUCAUUUGUUAUCAGAGGCUUGCAGGUUGGAAACUGAAGGUCUCUGAUAAAUAGCCUUCUUAAAGUUGGUGAAGAAAGGCCGGAAAAAAUGUAUUGGAUAGGCUUGCCUUUGUUUAAUUAAGCUUCUUUCUUUGGCUAGAUAGGAUACAGAGGUUAGACCAAGGGAAAAUCCUGUAAUUUUUGUACCCUAUUUUUUGUCAACAAACCAGCAAAGCAUGCCCCUUUGAGAUGGGGGUAUGAAAUCUUUAGGUUAGGGAGUUUGGUUGUGUAUGCUAGCUUUUUGGAGACUGGAGUUAGGGUUUUAUACAGCUGUAGUUGAAGUUCUAUUUUGGAAGAGAUUGUACAAAGUAACUUAUAAUCUAUUGUUUCAGUUUCUAGUUUCUAUAUUAAGGCCAUUCCUCUGCCUUUUCUAUUUGGAGUCUUCAUCUUUGCUCUACGAUUGAGAUUGGCAUAUGCAAUUCGUGAGUGAACUGUACUGUGUAGCAUUCUUAGCCGAAAUCUGGUUUUGGAACUCUGAACUCCUUCAUUACCUUCUACUUUUGUUUGGGUGGCUCUCCCCUCUAAGAAAUCUCCUUUAUCAUUGUCCGAAAUCGAUCCUCGUUCGACCACAAAGUUCUAAGAUCCCUUUGUGACACACUCAAUCUGACAUAACGAGCAUAAAAUCUGGCAGCACUGAACUAAUGGAACUCAAAAGUAGAAGGCACUUGAAUGCAAAAGAGAAAUAUGUACAAUCUACAAUUUAUCAUCUCUAUCCUCAAUACAUUGUUGGACUAAUC